UCUUCUUCUUCUUCAUCUUCUUGUGAAGUUAUAUUACAUUAGAGUAAUAUUUCCAGUUCGGAUAAUGUAAAUGUGUUUAAACACAACAUUUAAUACACGAAAAGUUGUGUGGGUCAAUGUUUACAUUUGAGCUUCACUGUAGCGCUACAGACGGUUCCGUUCAAGCGUAAUCUUUGUAGCAUAUAAAAGUAUUCCGGAUUUCGGAAUACUCUUGUAAACCGUUAGCAGAUCCAUUAAUUUUGUAUUAAUUUCAUUUAACCCUAGUAAUUGAAAUAAACCGUAAAAAUGGCAGAAAACAAAACCAAGUUUCUGUUUAAGAAGAGGACAGGCAGACCAGGUGGAGGAGUUAGAAAAAGGAAAGCCAGUAGUGAUGACAGCAGUAGCGAAGAUGAGACCAAGGUCAUCAGAAAGGAGAAGAAGGUCAGUGUUGCAAACCCACUGAUCCAGAGGAGUAAGAACCGUGGCAGUAAGAUAAAUGCAGAAGAACAAAGCUCAAGUGAUGAUAGCGAGGAUGACCUCAGAGCAGCAUACAAGUCUCGCCGCACUGGAGAGAGAGAAGGGCCAAGGGACAUGGGAGCCACAGCCACCAUACAGUUUGAAACAGAAAAGGAUCGGGAUGCCCAAGCAAUUUUUGAAAGAUCUUUGCAAGUCAAUAAGGAAACCAAGGGUCAAGCUGAUGACAAAAUCUACAGAGGAAUGAACAACUACACACAGUUUUUUGAGAAGAAAGAUACAGCCCAGGGCAAUGCAGCAAGUGGAGGAGUGCGCAAGGGCCCAAUGAGAGCUCCUGACCAUCUCCGUGCCACUGUGAGAUGGGACUACCAGCCAGAUCUGUGCAAGGACUACAAGGAAACUGGGUUUUGUGGCUUUGGAGAUAGUUGCAAAUUUCUUCAUGACCGUACUGACUACAAACUGGGAUGGCAGCUAGAGGCUGAGGGUAACGCGAAGGCUGGAAAUGAUUCUGAUGAGAACUGGGAGAUUCCAAGUGAUGAUGAACAUUUGCCAUUCAAGUGUUUCAUCUGCAGGGAGUCUUACACAGACCCCAUUGUCACCAAAUGCCAGCACUACUUUUGUGAGAAGUGCGCAUUAGAACAAUUCAAGAAGACUAAGAGAUGUUAUGUGUGCGGUCAGAAUACUAGUGGGAUCUUUAACCCAGCCACGAACAUCAUGGCAAGAUUAAACAAAGAUGAUGAUACCGGUAGUGAUUGAUAAUGCAUAAUUUUCUGUUUUCUAUAUUUCUUUUUUAUAAUUAAUGUGAUAUGCUCACCCAGAUAAUUCUAGAGAUCUUUGCAGCAGUAAAUAAGAAGAAAGGAAAGUAGUACAAAUUUAUCCCAAAUGUCCCAUACAUAUUUGCUCUCAAAAUGAAAGAUUCUCUUUUACACUUUAGCAGACUUACACCAUUUGCGUCGAGAGUAUUCAGAAAAGGAUGACAUAUGCAUUUCCUACAGGAACAACAAAGUUUUAGUCGAUAUUGUGAAAGGGAUCUUCUUUAAAAAUAUUCUUGUUCAUUAUGUGUUAUUGCUUUUUAACAAUGAAAGGGUUAAUCUAUUUCUAAAUGAUUAUGCAUAUAUUUGUAUUUUGAUCUGUAAAAUAUUAAAUUCAUAAUUUGUACUUACAUUCUAUUAAAAGAAUAUCUCAA